GGAGUCCUGAUGAUCAUGCAACAUAGCAAAAUUGACAUGCAAAAUCAUUUGCAGAUGUGAUAAAAAACCAUUAGAACAAUAGUCUUUGUCUUCAUGAGAAUGUUUUUUCCCCCUCAACAUUGUGUGGGCGUUUACAGGUGUUCCUGAACCUUCUCUCUCUCUGUGUGUGUGUGUGUAGUUGUCCUACUUCCAGACAGCAGUGAGCAUGCGUGUGUUUCUUUGAGACACUGCGUGAUUUUUUUUUUUUCCCUCCCCACUGCCUGCAAACAUCACAUCCAUCUCCGAGUCCGUGGAGUGUGUGCGUGUUGUCGUGCGUGUGUGUGUGUUUGUUUGCAGCACUCACCCAGCAGCUCGGGGAGCGUCCGACUGACGGCUUCCUCCUGCCCGCAUCGUCCGCAUCAGACAAGUGUCAGCGCGCCUCGCAGUGAAUUCCGGCAACUUCGACCAUCUCACUCAGAACGGCGGCGGCGGCUCUCCUCGCUCUCCACCCGCUGCAGUUUGACGGGCGUCGCCAGCCCCAUGACUCUCUGAGGGGACACGGCCCCACCGUGGCCCAUGCGCUCUACCCGUUUCCCUCCCUGUCCGCCUCGCCCCUCAAGCUGACGCAAAACCCCAGACACCUCCCUCCCCUCCCCCACCCCCACCCCCACCCCGUCCCCAGCGACUCGCCGCCGCCGGCCAUGGCGCCCGGCACGGAGACGGUGCACUACAUCCACCUGCACAACUCCAGCCAGUCGGUGCUGGAGGCCCUGCGCACGCAGCGGCGCGAGGGCCUCUUCUGCGACGUGACCGUGCGCAUACACGACGCCUCGCUGCGCGCGCACGCCUGCGUCCUAGCGGCCGGCAGCCCUUUCUUCCAGGACAAGCUGCUGCUGGGCCACUCAGAGAUCUCGGUGCCGCCGCUGGUGCCAGCGGAGACCGUGAAGCAGCUGGUGGACUUCAUGUACAGCGGAUCGCUGGUCGUGCUGCAGUCACAGGCGCUCUGCAUCCUGACCGCCGCCAGCAUCCUGCAGAUCAAGACCGUCAUCGACGAGUGCACUCAGAUCAUCUCGCAGAGGAAGGCGGCGGCGGGGGCGGCGAGUGCAGCUGCCGCCGCCGCCGCAGCAGCAGCAGCGGCGGCAGCUGCAGCCACAGGAGGGGGGAUGCUUGGAGGAGUGCUCCCCAAACAAGAGGAGCGUGGCGGGGGCAAAGGAAGGGAAAGCAGUGGCAGCUGUUCAGGCGGAGGCGGCAUGAGCGGGGGCUACCCAAACUUCUCUAACUUCAUGGUGGACUGCGCCGCGGCCUUGGGCGGCAACAUCAGUGUUAGCGAGAGCGGGCCCGGCCCGAUGGAGCAAGCCAACAAUCUAAUGGAGCUGGGAGACAUGGGCCCCGGGCCCUUGUGCGACGGCGACGGGCUGGGACCGGGAGCGGGGUCCAUCCUGAUGAAGCAGAGCCCCAGCUGCACUCAGGACGUCCGCUACAAGCUCCGGGAUCUGUUGGCGCAGACGGCCAACGGCGCCGCCAGCACCGGCAGCCUCUCGGCGAGCUGCAGCUCCGGCGUGGGCAGCGUGGACAGCAUCGGCAGGGACAGCCUGCGCGGCAACGCCACCGACCUCUCCGACGAGCUGGUGGGGAUGGAGCGCUUCAGCGAGGAGGAGGACUUGGACGCCAGAGAGCGAGGGAGAGACGGCGGCGACCGAGACAGGGGGGCGAGCCACAGCCGCAAGCAGAGGCAGCCGCUCAGACUCCAGGUGCUGGGAGGAGGCGAAGGCGUGGUGGUGAAAGAUGAAGGCGUUCAGGACGCCGACGGGACGGCCUUCGCCUUGGAGGACGGGAGACGGGACGGAGAGCACGGCGGCCCCCAGGGACACAUGGCGGGCUUCGGACAGGACUUCUACGACGACCAAGGAGUGUUCACCGAGAGUUUCUGGCCGCAGAGCGAGCCUCCUCAGGCCAUGGCCUUUAACCCCAGAGGACGGGGCAACAAGCCUCUGACUCCGCCCCCGACCUCGCAGUCCAUCAACAACCAGCUUCUUUUCCAGUACCCAGUGAGCCAGUCGCAGCCGCCGCCAUUCUACGUGGGCGGGCACAUGGGGGGGAUGGACACCAUGGCGGGGACGGAACCUAGCCAACAGGUUCCGCCCCCGGCUCCCAUGACGCCGGUGCCGACCCCCACCAACACCGCCGCCCUCUCUUCGGGCCCCUCCCCUUCCUCCCAAGGAUCAGAGACCUCGUUUGACUGCACGCACUGUGGCAAAUCGUUACGUUCCAGGAAGAACUACAGCAAGCACAUGUUCAUCCACUCCGGUCAGAAGCCUCACCAGUGCUCCAUCUGCUGGCGCUCCUUCUCGCUGCGUGACUACCUCCUCAAACACAUGGUGGUGCACACAGGCGUGCGGGCCUUCCAGUGCUCCAUGUGCGGCAAGCGCUUCACCCAGAAGAGCUCGCUCAACGUGCACAUGCGCACGCACCGGGCCGAGCGCACCUUCCAGUGCGCCGUGUGCCACCGGGCCUUCACCCACCGCACCUUGCUGGAGCGCCACGCCCUGCAGCACGCGCCCCAGGCCCAGGGGCGCGGCGCCGACAUGACCUCGCCCGCCAAGCACAGUCCCCCCAUGGGGGGGCCCUCAGGUAUGGCCGGGGCGGCCGGCAUGGCGAGCAUGCCGGGCCACGGCGCCUCCUCCACCUAGAGCCGAUGGGGAAGGGAGGGGGUGGGUGGGUGGGUGGGGUAGUAGUGGUAGGUAGGCCGCCAUUGGGCCUCUCUUACGGCGUCAAAACAGUGCAAAAAUCAGCGCGCUUAAAAAACACGAGUGUGGCGUCUUUGCACAUGCGCGGACUCUGUUAGUGACGUUCCCCCAUGUCUGUACUUGACAUAGGGCUGGGCGAUACGGCUGAAAACUGUAUCACAAUAUCGGUCGAUAUUGAUAUUUUUAUGAGCGGUAGAAAAAUAUAUUUUAUUUGAAAUAUAACUUUCCUCUGAUCAUAAUCCCCUCAGCCGUCAGGGCAGAAAGGAAAUGUCAACACAAGCAUGGAAAACAAACAAUCAACGUAAACAAAAUAGUAAAAUCCCUUUGAACAUUAAACAAUAAGCUCUUAAAAGCAAGGAAUAUGUAAGACAAUAGUUCAAAGUGGGAAAAUGUAAACUGAGAAGAACUAUUCCCUGCAGGUUUAGUGGCAGGACAUUACAGCUGUGCUCUAAAGGGUGAGCGCGGCUAAGGUGGUGUAUUAUUAGCGCUCUUGCCUUGCAUCAUUUACACACCACAUUGGUCUGACUACAGUCCUUUUUGAAAACAUACAAAAAACUGUCCAGGUGACUUCUCUUCCACAAUUUCUUCAUUCCGACUUCCUCUUCCCACUCCAUGCAAAGGAUCUAGCAAACUUGAUAGUUGAAACUGUCACCUGAUUGGCUGUUAACGUGUCACGUGAUCACUUCCCGCGUUGCUCGUGUACCAGAGAGCCAGCGCCUUUGCUCCCGUACUUCUGCAUUCUUCCCACCAUGAAGAAACAAUAAUGAUCGAAUGUUUUAUCAAACACAUUUUUUAUUGAUACCGAUUACGUGUCCAUCGAGAUAUAUAUCGAUAUCCUUUUAUCGCCCAGCCCUACUUAGGGCUCGAAAGGCCGCGUGGUUUUGCGAUGCGUUGUGGGUGCUGGACAGACAUGCUUGUUGGAUAAAGGCUUUGUUUACAAGGUGAAAGCGAGCAACAGACUGGACUGAAAUGGAUUGUACAAAAUAAAAAACAAAGAGACAAACUGUACCUAUUCUAAAGGCUCACUACCUGGAAAAACUGAUAAAAAUGGAUGAAUUGACUCAUAUGAGCUAUGAAUUUGUAUCAAGUAAAGUGUCGCCAAACUUAUCUAUAUUUUGAAACCGAGUCAGUUUUAAUACCGGUGAAGAAUUUCAAAAAGCAAAGUUUGUUAAGGCUCUCUGUUCAAAUUGUCAUAAUCUACGACUGUCAUCUUUUACGUGAGGUCCCCGGUCUCGUUUCAUGAGCAGAAUUCCCCCCAAAACAAGCCAAUUGUUACUUUUAAAAACUUUGACUGCACUACUUCUGUGAAAAUAACACUCAUUCCAACCCACGACUAAAAGGAAACGGACAACAUGCUUUUUUCCAAAAUACCGUACGUUGUUUGUAGCCCGCAGCUGGCUUGGCUAACGCAGAAAUACUUUAUUAAUCCCCGAGGGGAAAUUAAAAUUUUCAGCACAAUCCCAUUCAAGAGCAGACAAACAUUACAGGGAGACAGAACAGGAUCGCUGAUGGGUCUGCCAACUCCCGGCGCCCCUUACAAAAAAGCUGAAAUACAGGUAAACAAUGGAGGGGUAACAAAAAAAAAAAAAAUAUAUAUAUAUAUAUAUAUAUAUAUAUAUAUAUAUAUAUAUAUAUAUAUAUAUAUAUAUUCGGUCUAAGCCUGGGCCCCUGGAAAGGGGGUCCAGACUGAGGCCAAGGGGAAAAGCAACUCAUAGCCAUAGCACACAUCCCACAAAGGACAUUAAAGACAUGAAAAAAGCAGAGCUGAUGCAACCAGCCACUUCUACAUACAGCUAUGACUUAAAAGUAAUAGAAACAUAUACACUGUGGUGGCCUCUGCGGUGUUCCACGCCAUCAUCUGCUGGGAUGGAGGGCGCAUGGCCACAGAGAGGAGCAUACCCAACAAAGCAACCAAGAGAGCCGACUCCACUCGCGGCCGCCCACUAACUCGGCCAGUGUCCAGUCCAACAUCCUCUUAAAUCAGGCCUGGGCAAUUAUUUUGACUCUGGGGCCAUAUUUAGAGAAAAAAAUGUGUCUGGGGGCCGGUAUAUCUGAUUUUUAGGAACACUAAUACAAAACCUCACAAUAAUGUCUGAUUGAAUGCUAAAAACGUUAUGACAGAGCGCCUUAAAAAACUGAAUGGAAUUAAACAUUUUUUUUUACUGAAUGAGACACCCAGCAUGUACAUGAAAAUAAAGAAUGUGGGAUUUACAAUAUUAACUAUGAAGGAUAAAACACUGAAUAUUGACAACAUAUGAACCUCACACCCCCUCUUGAUUGACAUAUCUUGCAAUGAAGCGAAACACAACAAAAAUGCAACAAACACAGCCAAAUAUGACCGCGAAGGGUAAAAAAAAAACCCCCACCUACAAUCUGAUACAUCUGAUAUAUCACUAAGCUUCAGAAGUUUGUUGUAAAAAUCUCCUUCCGCGUCUGUCCCUGACACCCACAUUUCAGGCUCUGGAAACACUCUGUGGAAACGCUUCCCCACCCACACUACUUGGUGCCUCGUCUGAGCUGCUGUGACUUAGAUUACCAUAGUAAAUAGUUAGAUGACCAUAGUAACUAAUUAGAUGACCAUAUUAACUAGUAUGUCAUGCAAAAGUGCAGAUUCCAACCAUUGAAAUACAGUUGAAGACUUACGGUCAUUAGAAAACAUCACUGCACAUCAUAAUGGCAGCGACACUUUCCAUCUUAAACAUCUUAAAAACAUUUUUGGGAAUGUCCGGCGGGCCACAUUGAAAAGCUUAACAGGCCGCAUGUGGCCCCCAGGCAUUAAUUUGCCCAGGUCUGUACUAAAUGCUAGGUGUGAAGCAGAAUAAAAGAUGCUUUGGUUUCGAACUUAGCAGUGUGAACCAGCCGUGAACACACCAACAUGCAGAGGUGGGUAGUAACGCGCUACAUUUACUCCGUUACAUCUACUUGAGUAACUUUUGGGAUAAAUUGUACUUCUAAGAGUAGUUUUAAUGCAACAUACUUUUACUUUUACUUGAGUAUAUUUAUAGAGAAGAAACGCUACUUUUACUCCGCUACUUUUAUCUACAUUCAGCUCGCUACUCGCUACUAAUUUUUAUCGAUCUGUUAAUGCACGCUUUGUUUGUUUUGGUCUGUCAGACAGACCUUCAAAGUGCCUGCGUUACUGGUGAUGUUUCACUCCGUUCCACCAAUAAAAUGCAGUCACUAGUGACGUUUGACUCCGUUCCACCAAUCAGAUGCAGUCACUGGUGACGUUGGACCAAUCAAACAGAGCCAGGCGGUCACAUGACCUGACUUAAACAAGUUGAAAAACUUAUUGGGGUGUUACCAUUUAGUGGUCAAUUGUACGGAAUAUGUACUGUACUGUGCAAUCUACUAAUACAAGUUUCAAUCAAUCAAUCAAAAGUGUGAAGGAAAAAAGACACUUUUUUUUAUUUCAACCGUACAUCCCGUCAAAAGCCUAAAGACUGACUGCACUGUUCCUGUCUUCACAAUAAAAGUGCCGCUCCAUCGCGCUUGCACUUACAAAAUAAGAGUCUCCGAAAGCCAGCGCAAACAAGCUAGCAAGCUACGGAAUUUGCCGCCAAUGUAUUUCUUGUAAAGUGUGUGAAAACGAAUAUGGAAGCUGGACAAAUAAGAUGCCAAAAACCAACCACUUUCAUGUGGUAUUAGACAGAAAGGAGGCACUUUUCUUCUCCUCCAUUUGAAAACGUGGACGUUAUCAUCACUGCUGUCUGGUUCUAAUCAAUGCAAGUCAUCAGAAUCAGGUAACACACCAACUUAUAUUCUUGUCUUCAUGAAAGAAAGGAAUCCGUAUGUUAAAAAUGCAUGUAUAUUCAUUAAAACACCUUUAACAUGUAAACAAAAACGGCAAAAUAAAUAAAUAUAAAUGAUAUACUGUAUAUAUCAAUUUAUAUAGAUAU